AUGGAUUCGUUACCGAUGAACACUCUGCUCGAGUUCAAUAAAGAUACACUUCAAACAAUUCGUAAGGAUUAUAAUUUGGAUAAGCCAGGUAGUAUGGACCAAGCUAUCGACGUUUUACAUGAGUGGGUGCAAAAACAAAAUCAUUUCGAAAUAAAAGAUUAUCCCAGAGAAUAUUUAGAAAGAAGAAUAAUUGCCAGCAAGGGUUCAGUGGAGCGCGCAAAGUCAAAAUUGGACAAAAAUUGCACUCUUAGAACGUUGAUGCCUCAGUUCUUUAAAUUUAUCGAUUUUAAGACUGAAUACAAGUAUUCGGACAUUUUAUGGGAUGGUUUUUUACCUAAGAUGACUGAUGACUAUUACAGAAUUUACUUAUUAAAGAAUGUUGGAAAACGUUUUGAUGACGAUAUUAUGAAUUACUUUCGAUUGAUAAUUGCGACGGUAGAAUAUGUAACAGCCCAUGAUUAUUGCAGAGGUAUAAUAAUAGUAUUAGAUUAUUUGGAGACCAAUCUAGUAGAACUACUAAAAGUACUGGACUUUGUUCAAUUGCGUCAACUUUUUACAUUAUUAACUGAUGGCUACGGAAUGAGAAUAAAAGCUUUCCAUGUUAUUACACCCUCAAAAACUGUGGAAGCCUUAGUUGCAAUUUUUAAACAAGUUCUCAGUGCAAAAUUAGGUCGACGCAUUCAAAUACACAAGGAUUUGGAAUCACUGCACAAGGUUGUCCAAAGAGAUGUAUUACCAAAAGAACUAGGUGGGAAUGAGAGAUCUAUGGUUAAAUUGCACAAAGAAUGGAUAGAUGUUGUUAGUUCAAAAGAGUUUCAAGAAUAUUACUGCAAAAUGAAAGCAGCUACGACAAAUGAAAAAUACAGACAGACUGAUAAAUUAAAUGACGAAAAUAUGGGAAUAGCAGGCACAUUUAAAACAUUAAAUAUAGAUUAG